AUGCAACACGAGUGUACGCAGGACGGUGGCAGGAGCAGGUACGAGCGGCGGAAGCCAAGUAAGGUGCUGAAGAUAGCAGAAAGCUUCACCAAUUUGGACGAGACGGCCAAGUCAGGUCGCUACGUGAGGGGUCCGCACUCGAAGGUGGGCCGGAGGUAUCGCGAUGGCGACAGUGUUAGCCGGACUAAGCGUGCCAUGUGUUGUGAUGAUGAUUGUGAUAAGGAGUCAGGUGUUAGUGAGGAUAGUGAGAGACUUGGUGACCGCAGGGUGACAGGUUCGUCCUGUACAGCCCUCAGGACAGCUGUGGCAGCUUUGUAUCCAUUUGAUGACUUCAUUCUGGAGAAAAUCGGUACGGGAUUCUUCUCAGAAGUUUUCAAAGUAAGUACUAGUUGA